AUUGUUUUUUCCGACGGAUUUCGUAAGAUUUGAUAUCGUUGGCAACAGCUUUCCAAUUUGGCAAUUUCUUUCUUUCUUUCCUUCCUUUUUUUUUUUUUGUUGGUUUGGGAUAUAUACAAACAACUGUACGUGUAUAUAUCGGCACACACCUAUAUAUAUCUAUAGUGAGUUUGUGGUUUGGAGUGGGGGUGAGAGUUGCAAUUGCGAUUGUCAGCUACAAUGGUGCACACACUGUUCGAAUGGCGAUAUGGUGGUCACCAGGUUUCUCUCUGCGGUUCGUUUAGUGGGUGGACUGAGAUACCUAUGAUUUUGCUGGAGGGUUCCUCCAUGGUUUUCCAGAUAAUUUGUGAUCUUCCUCUGGGUUAUCACCAGUACAGAUUCUUGGUUGAUGGCGUAUGGCGAUUCAACGAUUCAGAUCAAGGGUGUUGUAUUCAGGAUGAGUAUGGAACUAUUAACAACAUUAUUCUUGUUAAGUCUUCAUCAUCAAAUGGCCCACUUCCUGAACCAGUGCCGCGACCAUCAGAUAAUGAGAUAGAUGUAUCUCGCCAUCGGUUAUUUAGGCAUCUGUCGUCUUAUACGACAUAUGAGUUGAUUCCAAAUUCAGGCAAGGUUUUUGGAUUGGAUGUUGAAUCAGCCAUGAAAUAUGCCUUCCAUGUUAUGUACGAAGAGGGACUUGCUAUUUUGCCUCUCUGGGAUCAAAAUAGAAGACAAAUUUCGGGGAUGUUAACCGCUUCUGACUUCAUUUUGAUUUUAAUAGAGCUUCAUAAAUCUCGUACAAUGCUGAGUGAUGAACAGCUUGAAAUGCAUACAAUUUCUGCUUGGAAACAUGGAAAAUGCCAACGUCUCAGAGAAGUGGGUGGGACAACACUGUCACCAUAUAGAAGGCCUUUAAUUCAAGCUGGUCCUGAUGAAUCUCUAAAAGAUGUAGCUUUUCGAAUUCUGCAAAACAAGAUAUCUACUGUGCCCGUGCUACAUGCUGCAGAAGAUAUAUGCAGGCACUUUAGAAACCGUCUGGAAGAUCUGCCUCUUCUACAACAAUCUGUUUGUAAUCUGCCAUUAGGUACAUGGACAAGCGAAGUUGGAAGAGCAAGUGGUCGUCUACUGCUAACUUUGCGUCCCAGCGACUCUCUUAGUUCCGCCUUUAAUUUAUUUAUAGAAGCCCAAAUAAGUUCAAUACCCAUUGUCGAUGAUAACGGGGCCCUUUUAAAUAUGUACUCUCAGAGUGAUAUCACUUCACUAGCAAAAGGUAGUGUGUAUGCUCGCAUUCAGCUUGAUCAAACAGUUAUGUCUCAAGCGAUCGAACUGGUAGGUGGGCCAGCUUCUGGUAGAUAUCGGACAUGCACACGGUCUGAUUCCUUGUAUAGUGUCAUGGAGAGCCUUUCAGAUCCAGUGGUGCGGCGCCUUGUUGUCGUUGAGGCUGGUAGCCAGAAGGUGGAGGGAAUAAUCACGUUAAGAGAUGUAUUUAACCUUAUUUUGAGCUAAAUUUUCUCGUAAAUUGUUUCCCUGCCAUUGUGGUUUGCUCUACUUUUUAAUUAACGGGAACUUCUAUGUCAAUUGAUCUGCUGAAUAAUUUUAUCCCCGACCUUCUUGUUUGCUCCCCCCCCCCCCCCCCCCGGCGCCUUUGGAUUGGGGUGGAAGAGGAUUGGAAGCAAAGAAAUCAUAGUUACAGUAGGUGAACUGUAAAAAGCAGCCAGAAAGGGUAUGUAAUGGCUGAAGGAAUUGCCCAUUUUUCAGGCAUAAUUCUGAUCACCACAGUUUCACCAGUCCAGCAAUGGCAUGGACCAGCAUUUGUAGCAUGUUGUUCUCUAAACCUUUAAAAAAGAGAAGAGCAGUGCACAAGACCAUCUGUUAUUGUGAGGUCUAAGAAGAUUUAUGUUUGCAGACUUACUUCCGC